CGGUAGCGGGUGUCGACGACUAUCCAACGUGUUUAAAUACAUUUUACACGAAAUACAAUACGAUAUAAAGUGUAAUUGUUUAACAAAACAGUGUUAUAAGUUUUUAAACAGUGUCCAGUGUUGUUUGAAGUUAAGUUUUGAGUGUUUUUAAGUGAUGCAGCCGAGUUUUUGUAAUACUAACGGUAUUAGUGCCUCGUGAACUUUGUCUGAAUUUUAAGACACACCUAGAGGCUUUUGAAGUCUGGUUUUUGUUGGAACACAAAAGAAACAGGAUGUAACUGGGCACGUGUUAUUUUCACUGACAAAUAGAUUUAACGACGACGCAAGAUGGAGAUACGGUGGUCCUUGCUCGUCCUAUGGGCGGCUUUUUCGUGGAUUUCAGAUGCAGAAUCCGCGGAUGCCCUCCCAGCCUUUACGCAGGACAUGAACAACUUGCCGUUAUCAGAGAGCACACCUGUCGGCACAAUUGUCUACACGUUACAAGGGACCAAUCCUGGUGGUGGACCGGUAAAAUAUAGUUUGGUGGGAACUGACAAGUUUUCAGUUGAUCCUGUGUCAGGAGAAGUUACUCUAGUCCAACCCUUAGAUAGGGAGAAAAACGAUACCUUAAGGUUUCUCGUAUCCAUAAAGAACGAACACAACGAAGGUCAGACUGAGUCCGUGACUGUGAUAAUAUGGGACGAAAACGACAAUCCGCCGGAGUUUAAAAAUAGUCCUUACGAAGUAUACGUACCUGAAGAUGAAGUAGUUGGGAAGACAGUGUUACAGAACAUCCUGGUGGAAGACAGAGACACCGUUGGUGAUAACCUGGAGGUCGGCUGCUUGCCCAACGAUCAGUGGCCCGAAGCGUGUGAUAUCUUCGAAGUGGUAGCCCUCCAAUCCUCAGCUAACUCAUACUCUGGAGUCCUAGUACUAAAGAAACCUUUGGACUACAAUGAGAAGCAGUUCUAUCAGUUCCAGCUUUACGCUUCCGACGGAGUUCUCAACUCCACAGCCCCAGUGGAAGUCAAGGUUGAAGACGUUCAGAACUCCCCACCUGUCUUCAGUGGCGCCCUCAGCGGAUCUUUGGCGGAGGAUGCUCCUGUGGGGACUUUGGCUUUGGUCGUUCGAGCGAGAGAUGCUGAUCGUGUUCAGCCGAGGGAAGUCUUCCUUGAGUUGCUGACCAAUCCAUUGGACUAUUUUCUGCUAGACAGUGCUUCGGGGAACCUGACAACAGCUAAACCGCUAGACAGAGAAGCUCUAACUGAUCCCUCAUCUCCUCUCAACCUAACAAUUAGAGCUACAGAAAUAGUAAACGGCUCCCCCCUCGUCUCCCCCCUAACUUCCUCCAUCGCCACCGCAACGAUCACGAUACGAGACGUCAAUGACGAGCCACCGAGAUUCUCGAAACCUGAAUACAGAGUAGAAGUCCCGGAGAGCUUGCCUGUUGGCACUCCGCUACCGAAUUUGGAUAUGGUUGUUACUGAUAGAGAUGUGGGUUCAAAUUCCAUCUUCACCCUUCGACUCUCUGAUGAGAUGGGAGCCUUCAUCGUGGAACCAGCCAACGCCACAGGAAGCGCUUCUGUUACUCUUCGUCUAAACUCUAGCUUAGACUAUGAGGAUCCUAACCAGAGGAAGUUUAUCUUGGAGGUGAUAGCUGAAGAGUCACACACUUCCCCUCGCCUUUCUUCCAAAGCCAGUGUCAUAGUAACAGUGACUGAUGUCAACGACAAUGCACCAACUUUCGCUGAUGAGGCGUACUCUGCUUCUGUGCUUGAGAACGCUCCAGGAGGCGCCUUAGUUGCCAUUGUAAAGGCUACAGAUAGAGAUACUGGCAGAUUUGGAACCGAUGGAAUUAUCUACCAGCUGUCUGGCAACGGUGCAGAGCUGUUUAAAGUCAAUAACAAAAGUGGCGCCAUCACUGUUGCACCUUGCAUCACCCCAGGCACUCCACCUUGCCUGGAUUAUGAGACCAGGAGGGAUUACUUCUUGCAGUACAAGGCUAUUGAUGAUGAAGGUGCCGGACAGACGACGGUAGUGCCUCUGCAGAUAUCUUUACUGGACUCCAACGACAACCCUCCAGUGUUCACCACGAGCGUUUACAAGGCCUCUAUAGAUGAAGACGCGAUCAAGUUCGAACCGGAAUUGCAGGUUCAAGCUCGGGAUGUGGACACCUCAUCAGAAAUCCGGUACUACAUCAUAGAGCCACCAGAACAUCCGUUCUCCAUCGAUGAUGUCAGUGGAAAGAUCUCUCCGAAAGCCGGUGGUGUGGCUACUAACGAUAGCAAGAUCGUACUUACUGUUCUGGCCACGGAUGGCGUGCAUAACGCAACGUGUAAAGUGGAGAUCAACAUCCGCGAUGUCAAUAACCAUGCGCCUGAAUUCGACCAAGAUAAAUACGAAGCUGACAUCUCAGAGGAUGCUCCGCCUGGUACGGAAGUAGCAGCAGUUCGCGCCACAGACCUUGACAGUGGCGUCAAUGCCGAAUUAAAAUACGCCAUACAACAAGGCGCGUUGGACGCCUUCGCUAUUGAUAACGUCACUGGCGUGGUGACUGUUUCUUCUAAACUGGACUAUGACAAGCGGAAUACUUAUCGGAUCACGAUUGUCGCUGCCGAUCUUGGCAUGCCAAGCCACACCGGCACCACCGAGCUGACCGUCCACGUCAGCAACGUAAACGACAAGAAACCUUACUUCACCCCCACCAUACAACGGGCCGAAGUGUCAGCUGAUGCAGAGCUGGGGACAGUUGUCCAUAACCUGCUGGCUAUGGACCCGGAUAUAACUGAUAGCGAGCAGCUGGUCUAUGAGCUGCCGAGGAAUAAGAUGAUUAAGGCUGUGGAUAAAAAUGGACAGGAGGUCUCAGACGAAGGUAUCUUUGACUCAUGGUUCUCCAUUCUGUCAAACGGCAGCGUGGUGGUGUCACAACGUCUUGACAGGAGCCGGGCGGCGGUGCUAUCAUUACCUGUCACUGUCAUUGACGCUUCGGCCAAUCCGCUACAGGAGGCUGAUGGUGAACUAAUCAUCAACAUAGUGGAUGUCAACCGCCACGCCCCUACAUUCUCCCAACCGGCGUACGAAGAGCAUUUAGUGGAAGAGCAGCCAGUUGGAACCGUGCUCAACAAAUAUACUGCCACGGAUAAGGAGACACCUAUCUCGGCGCUGGUCAUCUCUCCACCUAGCCCGUACUUCCAGAUUGAUAAUGUUACAGGUGUAGUAAAAUCCACACAGCGUAUAGACUACGAGACAGUCCGUACCAUCAACUUCACACUAGUAGCUUACGACUCUGGGGUCCCACAGCGGUCGAGUACUGCACAAGUCAUAGUACACGUGGAAAACGCCAACGAUGAAGAGCCGGUAUUCGCUGCGCCACAGUACGAUGCCAGCUUGCAAGAACAUGCGCCAGCGCACACGAGCGUUGUCACCGUCAGCGCUGUGGAUAAAGACGAGGGUGAAUUCGGUCAAGUCCGCUACAGUCUCACCGGCGAACUAUCCAACAUGUUCUCCAUCGACGAAUUUUCGGGAGUGGUCACCGUAGCCGAAGGAGCCGAUAUCGACAGAGAGGUCACUAGCGACAUCUGGCUUCGAGCUAUGGCUAGCGAUGGAGCUCCACCUACGAAACAAAAGAGUAGCAGUGUACCUCUCCACAUAAAAGUCCUGGACAUCAACGACCACGCCCCUGUCUUUGCCCAGAGCGUUUACAAGGGUACCAUCUCAGAGAACCUUCAGCUGAACCCACCGGCUGCUAUCCUGCAGGUUUCUGCUGAGGAUAAAGAUGAGGGGUUGAAUGGCAAAGUGGAGUAUGCGAUCACGGAGCAGAGUGUGCCUGGAACCUUCUCCGUGGAUCCAAUAACCGGCAUCAUCUACCCCGCCCGUCCAGUCACUGGCAACACAACGUAUCUGACAGUGUCGGGUACGGACUGCGCUGGCGCCGGUCUGGCCGCGUCUGCGAGGGUGGACAUUACAGUGCUUAGUGUGAACAAGCAUAGCCCGGAGUUUGUGCUGCCGCCGCCUGAGCAAAGACAGUUGGAGAUACCUGAGAACGCCGCUCAGGCGGACUACCUAAUAACAACAAUCAAAGCAACAGAUGAAGACAGUGGUGAAAAUGGCCGCGUGUCAUACUUCCUCAAAGUGGAUAACCAGAGGGUUAGCGAGACUCCGGAGUUCAGUCAGGACAGAGAUACUGGGGAACUGAGGACUAAGACUUUCUUGGACAGGGAACAUCAGUCUGAAUAUAUGUUGGCGAUAGCAGCAGUGGACAACGGAACCCCUGCUCAGUUCGAGAGCUUGAUGAUACUGACGGUGGUGUUAGCUGAUGAUGAUGAUAAUACGCCACGGUUCUCAGCUACCAGCUAUCAGUUUAACAUUAAGGAAAACUCGCCCGCUGGAGCUAUUAUUGGCUCUGUCAAAGCAGUUGACAAUGACUCUGGUGAAAAUGGAAAGGUAUACUACCACAUCUUAGAAGGAAAUGAAGAUGGUGCUUUCACAUUAGACAGAAUAAAGGGCGUCAUUAGAGCAAACAUCAGUUUUGACAGAGAAAAGCAACCCGAAUACUCCUUAACAAUAUACGCCAGCAACAACCCGAUACUGGAACGAGCUGCCGCUGACUUCAACUCGGUGGACAACAGUACAGAAGGGCAAGAGAGCAGCGUCGCUGUUGUCAAGGUCAAAGUUUUGGAUGAGAAUGACAAUGAGCCUAAGUUCCCGGAGAAGACGUAUUAUGCAGCAAUAAAACACACGGCGCGCGUCAACGAGGCCAUUCUCUCAGUGGCCGCAGAAGAUCCAGAUCUAGAAGAGAACGGAACUUUAGUGUACAUGGUAGCGGCUUCCAAUCUGUACAAGUUUGGUGCUUCGAAGUCCAGUGGGAGUGUUGUUUCAUCUCCAUUCAACAUUACGCAAGAAGGAGUGCUGAUGACGGCGGGAUACAUGGCUGAAUAUAACCAGGACCGGUUCGUGUUGGACAUCAUCGCGCGCGAACUCGCGCCGCCGCAUAGAGAAGCCAAAGCGCAAGUUUACAUAUGGAUAACAGACCGUUCCUCCCUCAUCCGAAUGGUGGUGUCCCGUGGCUGCGCUCGGCCCGAAGCCGGUGUGCGCCGCCGCCUCUCCGCCGCCAGCGGAGCCCUACUUGUGCCUGCCAGGAGACUGCACCUGGUGCAUGCUGAUAGGCUGUACGAUGACUGGUGCGAAAUUCACCUACUACCAGUGGACCCAUCCUCAUACCAGAUCUUACCGGUUGAGAGGGUCCUUGAGACCGUAGACUCAAAGUACGACGAGCUAAAAGAUGUGUACCAAGAAUAUGGCGUCGAAACGCUCACGGCUGCCAGCGCUACUGCCAAAGCGCCUGACAGUUUCGACCCAGCAUUAGCAGCGUUGAUAGCCCUGCUGAUAGUGCUUUUCACCGGAAUCGUGACUUUCAUAGUUGUCUGUGCUUGUUUAAAACAUUGGGUGAUUCCCCCACCAUCCCUCCAAUCCAGCAAGGGCGACAGUCUCGCCCGGCGGCGGAUAUUAGAAGAACUCAGUACCACUGAGAACCCACUAUGGCUGGAGACUAAGCUACGGCCGUAUGAGGAGCAGGAGUUGACUAUGAACGUAUUUGGAGACCAGGCGGAACAGGCCAAUGUGGAACCCCCGCAGACGGACAACACAUACGCGACGAUACAGGGUAGUCGCGCGACAGAGCGGUUUGGCGACUACGCGACGCUCGGCGGAGAAUCUCCCACGCCGCUAGAAGCUGCCUUAGGAUUUCAGGGUAGCACAUUCAAGCCGCCAACACCAGAUACGCCGGAGCCCCCGCCGCGGCCUACGGCCGGCUUAGGGCAGCUAUGAUGGAAGGUGUCGCAAUCUUGCUAUAAUUAGGUAGUAAUAAAAUGUAAGCUAUAUGUAAAUAAAGUCUCAAAUGUAGUGCAUGUUGGCAAUGUGUUAUAUCCCUCUUCAUUCAAGUAAAUAAUUAUCGUUUUGAAGACUGCAUAUACGUUUUGUUACCAAUUUGUUUCAAUUUAUAAUACUUUGUCAACGUCCAUGGUUAGAAAGUUUUAAAUAAAAUUAUUCCCAGAAAUUGUGAUUACAUGAUUUAUUUGAUGUUUUCAAUGGUUAGCAUCUUGAAAUUCUAGGGUCUAAUUAGAAAAGACAAAUAAUGAAUAUUUAAAUAGUUAUACCUAUUAGCAUCGAAGAAUUAGGUACUUUGCUCUAAAUGCCAACAUUUACAAGACAAGGACUGAGAAACGAUAUUAUGAUGUACAUUUUAAAACACUGUAACAUUCCUUAUUUAUUACUUGUUAAUAAUUGAAAUUAUUAUAAGGAAUUAUCAUAUAAAUGUUUUAGGUAUAUAAUGUAUAGCACUAUUUAAAUUGGUGCCGUGACCAGGAUUAUAAAUAAAAUUUUACGUAAAGGCCCAAAUAAAUGUAACAAUUAUAAUGAGGUAAUUUUAUCGAAAAGGUCGUUUUGAUCGACGUCGUGUAAAUACAGUAUUGAUGUAACCUGACGUCAUUACUGUCAUCAGACCUGCUAGUAUGACUUGCGUUCUUGCGGUACCAUAACCCUCUUUUUGAUAAACGAUUCACUCAAGUUAACAAGCUAAUAAAAAUAUUUUGUCCCUUUCUAUCACACCGAUACGUCAGAAGGGACAAACGAUUUUAUCGGCUUGAUAAUUUUAGUGAACGUUUAUGAAUAAGGGGGUAAGUCUUUAACAACUUCACGCGAAGUUUAACUUAUGCUAGGCGGUCAGGGGUUGCCACGACGUACUAAAUCUAUUUAGUUUAGGUUGAGUGAAAAGGACAGAGCUAUAGCAGUUACAUGCUUAUGUCCUUUUCUCUCGACUUAAACUGAAACACUUUAGUACUUUGUGGUAGCCCCCAAAGGGACGUUAACAAGUCGUAAUACUUUUUAUUUGUAUGAGGAAUGAACUCUAUACGUAAUGUUGUAUUUAUUUGCUGUAUCUUAGCCAUUUAGUAUUUCUUUUCUCAUUUGCAUUUUAAUAUUGAUUUCAUGAUGAUUGUGCUUACAACCUUUUAUUUAACUGGAAAUUAUGUAUAUAUGUACGGGUGAAACCUUUCGGCUCAAUUUUGAAUCAAAUAUGUUUAACAAAUUGAGCUGAACUGUUGUAUACUCACCUAUAUGUUUAAAAUCGAACCUGAUGAGAGUUGCUUAUUUUGAAUAUGUAUGUAAAAUAUUAUUAGUACUUAUUGCAUAAUAAUGAUAUCUCGUUUCUGUUACUUCGGCAGCUGUGUUAUUUUAUCUAUUGAAACUGUUUUUACCAUUUUCAAUGCCAUAAUUAUUCGUGUACAAAUAGUGUACAAAGAACGUUACGUUUUAAAUUGUUUUGGAAGUUUAGUGUCAAAAAUUCGUUUGUAUUAUCAUAUUUUAUUUUUAAAUAUGUGUCUUAAGUAUUUUAGAUGUUAAAAAGUCAUUUCUAGAUCUGUAUAUGUAAAUACUGAACUAUUUUUAUACCUAAAAGUAUUAUUUAACAACGAAAAUAAAUAAAUCUUUUAAAU